AAAUGGCGCCCGGGCCGGGCGGGGAGAGCGGCUGGUUCUGCUUCGGGUUCCGCUGGGCCGGCGGCGCGGAGGGCGGGCCGGAGCCGCUGUCCGCGGAGGGCGGAGGGCCGGUGCGGCGCGUGAGGCCGAGCUGGAGCUUCGCGGCGCUGGUGGCGGCCGGCGGGCCGGGGCGGGUGCGGCUGCAGGGCGCCGUGUGUGCGGCGCUGCCUCCCGACUGCCUGGACGCGCUGCCCUCCGAGACGCACGUGCUGCUGCUGCGGGAGGCCGCGCUGGAAGCCUGGCCCGUCGCCCCGGGGUCGGACGCCCUCCUGGACGGGCGGCCGGCCUGGCGGAGGGAGCUGCGGGCGGCGGAGGCGGCGGCGAUAGAGCUGCCGCUGGUGCCCGGCGGCUACGUGGCCCCCCGGCCGCCCUUCUUCACAGCGCUGCCCGCCGCCCUCCCGGCUCGCCGGUUGCUGCUGGGCCUGGAGCACGCGCUGCUGCUGGCGGCCGACGGGACGCUCUUCUCGUGGGGCGGCGGCAGGCACGGGCAGCUCGGGCACGGCGACCUGGAGAGCCGGCGGGAGCCGCGGGCGGUGGAGGCGCUGCAGGGCUUGGCGGUGGCGGCGGCGGCGGCGGGCGGCUGGCACUCGGCGGCCGUCAGCGAUGCGGGCGACCUGUACUUGUGGGGCUGGAACGAGGCCGGACAGCUCGGGCUGCCCUCCAAAAAGGCCAGCGAGGCUGCAGCCGCCGAAGAGGCCGGUUCGGCCCCGGGGAAUCGCCCCCUUUACGGCGCCGGGCUGGACGUGGGGGCUGCGGACGGGCCCGGAGGCGACGAAGCGCCCUUCGUCUCGGUACAGCCCUUCCCCGCCCUGCUGGACUUGCCCGAGGAGGCCGAGGUGCGGCGGGUCAGCUGCGGGUCCCGACACACGGCUGCCGUGACGGGUGCCGGCCAUGUCUACACCUGGGGCUGGGGGAAAUAUGGCCAGUUGGGGCACCAGGAUGUGGCCACAUCUGACCGGCCAAGGAGAGUUUCCUACUUUGUGGAGAGGAAUCUCAGGGUGCAGGACGUGGUCUGUGGGCCGUGGACCACGUUUGUCCAAGCUGCGGCUGCCGAGAGUGGGCCGUGAAGAAGCCACGUCUGCCAGGCAUUUCUCUGGAGGCCGAGCAGCUUCCCGGAGCUCCAUCUCGAUUCAACCGUCCCAGGACGUCCCAUGAAGGAGAAUUUGGGAGGGGGGGGCAAUGACACCUCGGGUUUCCUCAUGAGUCUCACGGGUGUUUCUUCAAGCAGUUCAGCCAUGUUUCCAUAUCAGAAGCACAACAUUAAAUGCAGAAUAAAAAUAUCUUUUAUGUAGAGCAAAGUCAGACAUU